AUGUUCAACACUUCGCUCGCAAUUGCAGUUUUCCACUUGCUGUGUGCCGCGGUGUCCUUGGGCGUGGUGCACGGCCAUCUGCCGCCUGCCGUGCAGCUGGGCGGUGCCAUUGUGGCGGCCGUGGAGCAGGAUGCCGAGCAGGAAGCCGCCGCCGCCGAGGAGCAGCACCAGCACCAGCACCAGCAUCGAGUGCAACGUGAGUGGCUGCAGACUGCCGAGUUGCAGCUGCAGAAGCUCCUCAACGACCAACUGAGUGCCGAGGAGCUGGGCAACAUGCUGGAUACGUGGAUGACAGCCGAGGCAGAAGGUCGCGGCAAGCAUCAGCAGAAGAAGCAGCAGAAGAAGCUGGCCAAAAUGCUGUAUCCCGUGCUGGCUGCCGCAGCUGUGGCCAAAAUCGUACUGCUGCCGCUGGUCCUCAAGUGGCUGACGGCGCUCUCCACCUCGUCCUUUGUCAUGGGUAAAAUCGCCCUGGCCACCUCCGGUCUGCUGGCCCUCAAGUGGAUCAUGUCCAGCGGUGGGCAUGCCAGGGAUCGUCUCGAGAUUAUUCACUCAUCGGUGCCGGCCUUCAAGGGCUUGCACGCGCUCGCGGCCCACGGGGAUCUGACGCCCAGCGACAGCAGCUGGAUGCCCAUGCGGCCACCGUACAUCCCACUGGGCGUGACCAAGGAGCAUGGCCCAACCUUCUACAAGCCUUUCUUAUAG